AGGCGGAAGGUUCAAGGAGUACUACUACUGGGAUUCCUACUGGAUCCUCAAAGGUCUUCUGCUCAGCGACAUGAUUGAGACCUCCAAGGGACUGAUCCAGAACCUUCUCUCUAUGGUGGAGCGAUACGGCUUCAUUCCGAACGGCGGCAGAAUUUACUAUCUGAACAGAUCACAGCCUCCUCUUCUCACCUUCAUGGUGGCUGAUUACGUCAAGUACACCAAGGAUUUCGAGUUUUUGCGCAACAACAUUGACACGUUGGACAAGGAGCUGAAUUUCUGGCUCAACCAGAGGACCAUCAACGUUGAGAGGGAUGGGAAAGUCUACCAAUUGGCUCAUUACGAUUCUGAGAGUGAUACGCCUAGGCCAGAAUCCUAUUUGGAGGAUAUCGAAACAUGCUCUCAACUGGAUAGUGAGGAUGCUAAGUUCGAGUGCUACACAGAUUUGAAAAGUGGGGCAGAAAGUGGCAUGGAUUUUACGAGUCGGUGGAUAUUCGAUAAAUCUGGAAAUCCUACUGGCAAUCUCACCUUCAUCAGUACAAGAAGGAUCGUUCCAGUGGAUUUGAAUGCUUUUCUCUACAAAGCUUUCAAAGUUAUGUACAAAUUCAAUUUAAUUUUGCAGAAGAAUGAUGACGCGAAGGUCUGGCACGACUUAGCAGAAAAAUGGAAGGAUUCUAUUGAAAAUGUAUUGUAUCAUCAGGAAGAUGGCAUAUGGUACGACUUCGACCUGAAGCUGGAGAAACCGCGACGCUACUUCUUCGCCAGCAACUUCAUCCCCCUGUGGGCGGGCGCCUUCGAUGAGUCCGUUAGGGAAGAGAGGGGCGGCAAGGCGGUAGACUACCUGCGCAGCCAGGGCAUCACCAACUACCGGGGGGGAAUCCCCGCGUCGCUCUUCCCCACCGGCCAGCAAUGGGACUUCCCGAACGCGUGGUCGCCCUACCAGAACUUGAUCAUCAUAGGUUUGGACAAGUCCAAAAACGGAACGGCCAUUGAAGAGGCCAGGCAGUUGGCGCACAAAUGGGUGAACUCCAACAUCAGGGCCUGGCACGAGAACAAGGUUAUGUUCGAGAAGUACAAUGCGCAGAACAGCGGCCAAUUCGGUGGUGGGGGGGAGUACCACAUACAGGCCGGAUUUGGAUGGAGUAACGGUUGCGUUUUGGAGCUGAUCCAUCUGUAUUUCAGAACCAAGACCAGGA